CCAAUUCUCACAGUCAAACACUUGGAACCUUCUUUCAUACCCCACUGCCAUUUUCCCUUUCAUUUUUAACCGUAAUUUUUCCAUUUCCUCCUCACUCAGCUUUCAAUCCUUUUUCUUUGUACAUAAAAGAAUUCGCAAAAUCAAAAAAAAAAAAAAAAUUGAAGAAAGAAGGGAGAUGGGUUUUUCAAAGGAAGAGAAAUCGAGAAGAAUUUGGAGGGUAUUGAAAACAGUGUUUUUCUUGAUAACAAUGGCGAUUUCGUUCCUCGUAUUUUCUGCGCCGGUUUUUCUCGUUCUAGCCGAUGCCCUUUUGCCGUCCGCUUUGCUCUCUGCUUCGCUUUCGCCUUCUUAUUUAUCACUCCAAUCCCUUUCUUCCCAUUUCGAUAACUAUGAUUUUAGAUCUUCUCUCAUAGAUAUUCCCCUGAUAUCCAUCAUCAGAUCAGCUGUUAUAAUCGUUGUUUACAGUUUUUGUGAUGGGCCAAAACUUUCGAGGGGACCAUACCUGGGAAUCACAAUGAUUUGUUCGAUUUCAUCGUUGGUUUUUGUUUCGAUAAAAGCUUCGUUUGUGUUCGGUUCUAGAAUUCCUAAAGAAGGGACAUAUGUUACAGCCAUGGAAACCGCUCUUUUCAUUUCUUCAUUGGCUUUGGCAAUUGCACACAUGAUUGUGGCUUAUAGGACAAGUUGCAGAGAAAGAAGAAAGCUCCUUGUCUACAAAAUUGACAUUGAAGCUAUUUCAGCUUGCAAGAAUGGGUUUCCAAGGUAUCAUAAGAUUCUCCAACAAGAAAGGGUGAAGUAAAUGCAAUAUUACCAACACUGAAAACGAUUUUCCUCUCCAAGAAACCUACCCUGUUCUUGGCUCAUCACAUUCUUCUUUCUCACAUUUCAGAUUUAACCAAAACCAAUCGGUCACUUGAAAAUCAAAGUGUUAACAAGCAGAUCACAGCCAGCAGAUACACACAUACAUACAUAUAUAUAUAUAUAUUAUAUUUCGAGGAAAUGAUCGAACAUGCAAUGAUUUUGAGUGUACAGUUUGUAUUACAUCUGUAAAUAUUAAUUUAAAAACAAAGGAAGAAAUGGGCCAAAGGCCUUUUCCAUA